CUUGUAUAUCUUUUAGACUCAUGGGAAGGAAAUAGUGUUUGCGAAGGUGGAUGACACCGGUAACUACAUUCGGUAUCAUAUUGCUCGUGUCUUGUCAGGUGACCUGCAGCGUUAGGCAGCACCUAACCCGCCUUUGUAAAGCUUCAUUUCUGUGGGCUGGACCUCCCCCGAUUUGAUCAUUUCUACCACUUUACUCGGUAGAACCAAAUAUUAAGUUUGCCACCUCUUCCGCAUCUGUCCGUAGUUCCCAAUUCCAGGGACACUCCGAUAAUCAUUUUUAUUGACGUCCUUUUGGAUGAAUUUUUGUGUUCAGCUCAAUGUGGAAGUACCCGACCAAAUCGUCCCAUUCCAAGCCGCGGCUGACUGAAAGAUUGUUUGCCUUCUCGAGUUCGGUUGACUUUUUUUUUUCUACUACCCUGAAAAUAAAUCUUUCUAGAAACAAGGCACCGAUGACGGAUGAGACUUUGAGCGAGGCAACCAACUUGAAGGUCAUGUGCUCCGGAUGCGAACACGCAUCGCGAUCUUUCGGGGUGUAGAAUUUGAACAGCAACAGCAAACAACAAAGUGGAAAAACAGGAAUGGCACGCCCGCUUCCAGGACGCAGCUCUCAAAGCCACCAGAACUGUAGAAAUACUCAAUAACAAAUGGCCGACCAGCUUGGACACAGCCUUCUACCUAAUCGCUUUUGGCGAUUUGAUCAAUUGCCCGACUGCAUGGGGCUGCGCCCGCCUGGCGUGUUCACGUAGCGCCAUCCGCAGCAAUUGAUCAAAAAGCAAUGAUCGUGACUUUGUGGAAUGGAUGUUGAGGGUAUAUGAACAAACAUUAGGGCGGGCUGUUCCCCGCUCUUUACCUCUCGUGAGCUGAACCUUCAUCUUCUCUAGAUUGACAGAAACUUUUCCAGAUAUCCCUACUUUUUCGCAGGCUUGCUGUUCGUGGAGCGUUCGACUGGAUUGACCAAGAGCUAAAGCUAAAUCCAGAUCUGCUUUUUUGGAAUAUAGCGAGUCUCCAGCAAGAAAAUAGGCACCAAUGGAAGCCCUUUACGAGUACGAACCCCUCGACCUCGGGCCAGACGCCGUCCGCGUCUGCCGCCUCUUCCCCAGGACCCAGGAUCUACAAGCGCCAGACGUCAUACGCUGCGAGAUCUUCCCAGUUUUGUUGCAUGAAGUCAAAGGGAUGCUUUAUGAUGCGUUGUCGUAUACCUGGGGUUGCGACGGUGCAACCAACGAGUUCGUAAAGCACCCCAUCGUCAUGAACGACAAAAGGCACUACGUCACGACGAAUCUCUUCAACGCCCUGCGCAACAUCCGCCUAGAUGACAGAGAAAGGGUGGUUUGGAUCGAUGCGCUGUGCAUCAACCAAGCUGAUAAUGACGAGCGCAGUCUCCAGGUCGCGCAGAUGGCAAAGACGUAUAAAUACGCAGUGAGGGUGUUGAUCUGGCUCGGGCCGGGAGAUUUUGAGACGGGUGCGAUUAUUCGGUGGAUGGAUGCAUUGGAUAAAGCGGUCCGUGCAAGGCCCGAGUUCGAUGAGAAGCAGUCGCUACCCAUUCUAUGGAAGCGUGUGUUGCAGAUACAGGGCUACUCUGUACGGAACCGCCUUCACCUGCGAUAUUCCUCGAACAAACGUCAUCGGCUGAGUAUCUCAUUUGAGGAGGCGCUGGAUGUAGGCGGCUGGGAGGGGUAUCACAUGCUUCCCACCCUAACAGAGUCGGAGCAGAAAGCGAUCCCCAGCCUAUACCGUGCGGCGUGGUUCCGGAGGGUUUGGGUGAUACAGGAGGCGGCGAAUGCGCAGUCGGCCUGCGUCAUGUACGGCCGCUACUCGGUGCCGUCGUCGACGUUUGCACUUGUCCCGCAGUUAUUUAAUUUCGAAAUCCCCAGCGGUACGAAACACGUACUGGAUAUAAUGCCCGGUCCGCUACGCCAGAAUUCAUGGUGGAAGGAUAAACGGGAUUUGGGGACUAUCUUGAACAAGUUUGGCCAGAGCUGCGAGGCGUCCGACGAAAGGGAUAGAGUUUAUGCGCUUUUGGGUAUUGCGUCCGACACGGCGUCUUCGAAAGGGCUCUUGCCGAACUACAAGGCCGACACAAGCGAGGUGGUUAGACAAACAGCGGCCUUUCUGAUGGCAGAUGCGGAGAAAAAUUGCAAUGCUGAGCUGUGGAUGCCUCAUUUACCCCAAUGGACGAUGGAGGAGUUUCUCAAAGUGCUCCCACAGCCGGGGUCUUCGGUUCUUCAGUGGACUUUGCAACAAGAACUGCCAGAGGCUAUCGCGUUUAUGGCAGAGCCGGGAGAGACCUCGGACAGUAUGAACGAGUCAAAGUGGCCAGGCCCGUCGGAUUCCUUGGAUGACAGACCUUGCUCGCUUGUUUGGCGGGUGGUCGCCAGCAAACCUCAAUACCGAAAACUUCUCGGAGUCAUCCUGCUCAGACCGGACAUCGACCCAGACAUCAAGCACAAUAAGAAGACACCACUAGUCCAAGCUGCCCAGUUGAGGAACUGGCAACUGUUCCAUCGCCUUCUAGUGCACCAUCGAGUUAAGCGGUGGGCCAUGCAAGAACACAGCGAAUUUCUCUGGGAAAGACCCGAGCCAAGAGCGCUGCGAGACCCAAAGAUCAUGGACCUGUUGAGUCAUACUCUUAGGGUAUUUCUCCUUAACUUGCCUGGCCUUGCACGUGACGGCCUGCUGGGUGCAACUGGCAAGGUCGAUCACCCGCUUUACUACGCCAGCCAGGAGCUAUUGAGCCUCCAACAUAACAUAGACAACCUGAUUGAGAACGACCUGCAGAGUAUCAUACACAUACUUAGUAGGUCGAUUUUCACCGAGGCGACGAGAUUCCGCUUUGACCUGGCUCGCCAGCAGAGCUGGCCGGCCUACCUAAAGAGCUCCCUAGUCAGCGACUACAUCGCGGCGCACCUGGGACUGGGGUUUGACCUGAAGGACCUAUGGCUAUAUGCCGAGAAGGAGUGCCUCUUGCUGCUGGCUGUCGGGCUCGAGGAUUUACCGGCUCUGUCGACGUUGCUGGGUCUCAAGCUCUCCUUAGACCGCUAUCCAUUGUGUCCACUUCUCGUAGUGGCUACAGUAACCAGAAACGUAGUCAUAGCCAGGAUGCUGCUCGAAAACGGCUCUAACCCAAACAUACCUUACGACAUCGUGGACCGCAUGGUAUGGCCUCUGCAAAUCGCAGUCAUGAAUCGACAAAUGGACAUGGCCAGGCUUUUGCUUGAUCACAAGGCUGAUCCCAACCAAGAAUCUCAGGGUGUUCUAGCGCCGAUCGAAAUUGCCGAAGCCUGGGAAGAUGACGAUAUGGUCAACCUACUUGUUGAGCGAAAGGUUGCGCGUAAAGAUAACGUUCGCUGGGACCUGCCACCUCCUAAGAAGAUUGGGAAGAAGCAACCCAUGAUUCGAGCAUUGUUCGAUUUUUUGACUGGAAAAGCCUGGAAAUGAAACCCGUUAUAUAGAUUCUAUGCACCUUGUCGCCGGCCCAUCAAGCAGCAGCCUCGACUACAGAAUCUGCAACAAACGCACCGCUCUUGUCAUCCGGCUGCACUAGCUCUCUCGUCUUGAACUUUACCCAGAAGUUAUUUUGCCUAAUGAACCAAGCAUUUACCAGCUCCCAUUCUUGCUCUGGAUCUUUGAACUCGAUCUGCAUGUAUCGAAGCACAUCAAGCUUGGCACCACCUUGUAAAUCUCCAACAAGCUGAUAUUCUUGCCGAUGCAAGUCCUUGACCCCAUCCCAAACUGCAUCAUCAUGCCUGACAUCUCCUUGAUGCGUUGCUCCUCACGCGCCCGAACUUCAUCCCCAGCUGGCCCGGCAGCCUUGACCAACUCCUCAUCGACCAGCCACCUCUCCGGCCGGUAAACAUCGACAUCGUGGCCAAAAAUAUCCUUGUUGUUAUGGAUAAGCCAAGCCGAAACACCCACAAUCGUUCCGCCAGGCACAAAAUGCCCCGCAAUCUCCAUCCCACCCUUGGGAACUAUCCUCUCCAGCGGCAGACCUGCGGCAGGAUGCACCCGGAAGGCCUCCUUGAUGCAGGCGUCCAAGUAUGGAAGGCGCUGGCUCUCGUGCCACGUCACCAAGCCCGUCUCGCCGUCUUCAAACUCACCCCUGCGCGACGCAUCGUCAAUCUCGCGCCUCAGCUUGGCCAUGGUGGAUGGGUUCCUGAGAAGGUUGUAGAAGAGGGCGCUUAGGCUGAUGGCGGUCGUUUCGGAGCCGGCUAUCGUCAUCGACACCGCCAUGGUCUGAACCAGAGUGUCGUUCAUGAAAUCGGGUCUCGCCUUUUGCGCAGCGAGAAAUUUCGACAGCAGGUCGGGGGUUUUUAUCGACGGGUGUGGGUCAGCUGCGGGCUUUUCAUCAGCUCCGGCGCCGAACCCGCCGUUCAUGCUGCCUCCUGCCGGUAGACGCUCUGCCAUGCGGUCGCGGGCGAAUUUGGCCGCGGGAAAGGUCAAGUCGAAAAAUCCCCACUGCGACAACUUGAGGUAGAUGGGGUUCUUGCGGAAGACCAAGUCGAGGAACGGCAUCUGACCGACUGGAGCAACGUAGAGGAACAUAUCGGACAGGUACGCCACGAUGCCGUCGAUAUCCUCGUUCUUCUCAAUGAAGCCGUGGCGCUUGCUGUAGGUGAUUUCGCCAAUCACGUCAAAGGCAUAAAAUUGCAUCCAGCGGCCGAAAUCGCAGCCUUCGUCUUCGCCGGCGGGCUUAUCAGCGUACAGACGUUGGGUCUGACGGAGGAAGAGCUUGGUCGUGUUAUCGACAAAAGGCUCAUACUGUACCAAGGAAGACAUGGCAAAGGCGGCGUUGACGCAGCGUCGGAAUUUGGCGUGAAAUGACUCGUCCACGGUGCUGAAGAGGGAUGGAAGGCGGCGGCCAUUGCUGACAGAUUGUUGGACGAUGUAAAAGUCGGACUGUUGAUGUCCAUAAAUGGCCUUGACGGCCUUGGGAUCGGAAAAUGACAGCACGUUAGGCCCCAACCUAACCACAUCGCCGUGCUGUUUAUGGAGUUUCUGAUGAGUGACUUCCGAACGCCGGUUGUAUACAUCCCAAACUCGCCACCAAUCCGUCAGAGAUGCCAAGAACGGCCCCGGGUACUUGUGCAGCCCUUUUUGGUAGCGGUUCUUGGCCAGCCAUGCUGCUGUAGCAGCGACGAGGACUGGGAGCCAGUUGGCGGCCAAGAAAUAUAUUAUUGGAGCUAUUAUGCCCUGCAUGGCGUAUUGUUUUGAAGUGUUCAAGUGUUGCUCGGCUGUCCUGGGUGAAGAUUUUUGCUAAUAGUUGGAAAAGAUGCACUAAGAAAAUAGUAAUGAUUUUCUUCCCUGAUAUCAAGGACUCUCUAAAAAGGCCAGCGGUCACCCAUUAAAAGAUGCCAU